AUGGCCCCGGUAAAGACCAGAGGCUCGAAGAAAGCCAAGGUGGUGGAUAAAACAAAACCCAGCAGAGAAGCUGGAUCAGAGACAGAGCCGAUUGAGAUAGAAGUCAUAGUCCGUCCACGAAAAGUGGGUUGUCUCAUGUUGUUUGUCGGCAACCACGAAGACAAGGGAGAAGAUGUCGACUAUUGGCGUGUACGCCUAGGCUGGGCAGGGGAUGAAGAGCUCUUACCACACUUCCCUGCUGACCUCUUUAGCCGUGACAUCUACCACCGCUACGAGGCGGUUGGAGAUCCCACACAGGUUGAAGUGAACGGACAAGUGCCUCCUCUCCGAUUUGUUUGGGUGUUUGAGACCGGGGAAUGGGUCGACAAGGCAGCAAUGCUGCGAGAGAGGGCGCAGAAGGCGCAUAGGGAGGAGGAAGGACGGAAGACAGAGUGCAUGGCAGCCAAUACAGAGGCGAAGACAGAUCGUGGGGGGAGUCGCCGAGCAAGAGCUCGACCCGUUGCCCCUGAUACGGACCCUAACGCUUGCCGUCAGGCCGCUGAAGGGACAAGCGCCGGAGCAGGAGAAGUGGAAGACGGCGCUAGCCACGACCUUCCUCUUGAGCCUGAGGUAAAGAAGAGAGGGAGAAAACCUGCGGCAGCAAAGGCAGCUCUCAAAGUAGCUUCCAAGCGCAAGAGGCAGCAAGGCGAGAGCGAUGAAAAGGCGGCCGAGCCUUUUGCAAAGCGGAGGAUAAAGGCAGCUCGAAAAUGA